CUUCCAUGCCUGCUUCAGAAACAACCCCCCUACUUGCGAAUGGCCAUGGCGGCCAUCAUUCGUUUUCACAGCGUAUUGUCGCGCUCGUCAAGGCUGAGGGGGAGCCAUCCUGGCUCGCCUCCCUCAAAUGGUUCAUCUUUGGCUCCUGGUUGAAUUUACUCCUGGUCUUCAUCCCCCUGUCUACCUUGGCCCACUUUCUCAACUGGGACGCUGCCCUGUGCUUCUCGUUCAGUUUCAUUGCUAUCGUGCCGCUUGCGAAGCUGCUUGGCGAAGCCACAGAACAGAUGUCACUUAAGCUGGGCCAGACGCUUGCCGGGCUACUCAACGCGACCUUCGGGAACGCUGUAGAAAUCAUCGUUGGAAUAAGUGCUUUGCUGCAAGGCCAGAUUCAAAUCGUCCAAACUUCGUUGCUGGGUUCCAUUCUAUCUAACCUUCUAUUGGUUUUGGGAUGCUCCUUUCUUGCGGGGGGUAUAUAUCACAGUGAAAGCACCUUCCAGGUGACUGCUGCCCAAGCUUCUGCAUCUCUUAUGACCCUUGCUUGCAUCACUAUGAUCAUCCCUGCGGCAUAUCACAGCGCUCGCACGUCCUUGAUCUCUGUGCCCAGUAACCCAACGGAAGUCAUCACGCUCGUCUCUGACCCCCUUCUCUCCAACCUGGAUGAGAAAGGACAGGCUGGACUGCUCAUCAUCUCUCGUGGCACUGCGCUCCUGCUUCUCGGCGUUUACGUCGCGUAUCUGUUCUUCCAGCUGAAAACGCAUGCGGAUCUUUUCGUGGCGCUUCCUGCAAGGGAUGAGGAAGGUCAGAUCAUUCCGGAGGAGGAAGAGACUCCCAAAAUGAGCAUUUUCUCUGCCGCUGUAUCACUGCUCACCGUUACCGUCAUUACAUCCUUCGUCGCGGAUUUCCUGGUAGCCUCGAUUGAGGAAACCGCCGAAAGAUAUCAUAUCCCCAAGCCUUUCAUUGGUCUCAUUUUGCUGCCCAUUGUCGCAAACGCUGCAGAGCAUGUCACAUCGGUAUGGAUGGCUAUGAAGAACAAAAUGGAACUGACUAUUGGAAUCUGCGUGGGCAGCUCCAUUCAAAUCGCCGCAUUCGUUGUUCCAUUGCUCGUCAUCAUCGGCUGGAUCUCGGGCCAUGAACUGAGCUUGUUCUUCGCAAACUUCGAAACUGUGGUGUUCUUCGUAUCAGUGAUGUUGGUUAACCUACUCAUCCAAGACGGUCGGUCGAAUUACAUGGAAGGCGUUAUGCUGAUCACGCUGUACCUGGUCAUUGCCCUUGCGUUCUGGGUCUCUGACUGAGCACACAGAGUCAAAUCCGUGUGUUCAUGCGCCGGUGUCUCGCCUCUUUUACCGCCGAAAAUCCGCAACACACAUCCUCCGUGAUCGCAAAUCGCAAACCUAUCAUAUUCUGUUGACCGCCGAUCUGUACAUCAGCAUAUACCGCACGCCCUGCUCACCUGCUCUUGCCUCAAUUGUUCUGCUCUCCUGAUGCUGGUCUUGAGCUCCUUACCCCCCUUUCUGCCGCACAUUGCUCCUGUUUGGGGAUUAGUCACGUUCCCAAUCACAGCACAUCGCCAUUCAUCCCUGUAAGGUUCAUAUCGCAUCAUAUCUUCGUACCUGGCGUCACCCAUGUUUCCUCUUUCUUGUUUCUACUUUGCUUCAUCCCCGAUCCUGUGUCGCUUCGUUCUGUCAUUGACCCUGACGGCCUGAUCUUUGAUCUCUGAUUCGAAGUCAUUGCUUAGCAUACUCCGUCCGCUCCUUUCGCGCACCUUUCUCAGUUUCCCAUCUUGCCGUAACAUACUUGCUUAGUGCAGGCCGCGUUUCACCCUCACACGUACACACGCUUUGGCCUACUCGCGCGCUACCCCUUUCCCUUUGCUGUACCCUAUCUUACUGAUUCUCUCAAAUCUUCCCUCCGUCAUUCCGGCACUUAUUCUUUCUUCCGAGAAAGUCGCACGGGUGUACCGACACCAGUUUUCUUGGGCAGUAGGGCGGCACGCAUCUGAUAUGGACUUGCUUGCCUGUCUAUUCUCCUAGUGGAUUGGUUGUAUCUUUUUUGAUUUUUUGAUUUUUUAUUGAUUAGUUCGUUUAUUGCGAUAUACACAUCCCACUCUGCUUUUGUGCUCCAGUUGGGCUGCACUUCAAUGAUGGUCUAACUGAGCUGAAGAGAUGUAAUGUGCACAUGCAGUACAGACUGGCAUGCAUAAUU